ACGCUAAAAGGAACAGCGGAGGGCGUCUUUGAUGGGAUUUGGUUUGCCAGUGAAAGCUGUUGGGUCUUUUGAAGGGAGCUGUCAGUCACGACCAGUGGGACCUCCCUCCAUCCCUCCCUCCCACGCAAACACACGCUGGCAGCUUGGCUGUGUAUAAAUAGACCCAGGAGGUUUGGAUUCGCCACUCAAACCCCCAGAAUAGCUGCAGGAACGCAGGAAAAGAUGCCCGCAUCGCAAACUGGAAUUGGCAGCUUUUUCUUGGAGCGGAACAUCAUCAGCAUGCCGACUGGAUAUCAGAUCCCGGUGCUGGGCUGCCCACCGGGUGUUCAGCAGCAGCAGCAGCAGCAGGCUCAACAUCUGGCAGCGAUGGCAGCUGGAGUUCCAAUAACGUACUCGGGACUACAGGGAUACAACUUCAUCCCCUAUGCGCACCACAGGCACAUCACACACAUGAACACCGGUUUCGACUUGAAGCACGCCUCUCCGUACCACCACGCACUGCUGGCUCGCGGUGGGUCUUUCUACGCACCGUACCGACCCGGAGCAGCAGCAGAGGAUCCGUGCAGGGUCGCCAAAGUGGCUACCCGAGAGAGCACCGGGGCUCUGAAGGCCUGGCUCAACGAGCACCUGAAGAACCCGUACCCGACGAAAGGCGAGAAGAUAAUGCUCGCCAUCAUCACCAAGAUGAGCCUCACGCAGGUCUCCACGUGGUUCGCCAACGCGAGGCGGCGCCUGAAGAAGGAGAACCGGGUCAGCUGGGCGUGCAAGGGCAAAUCAGAUGAAGAGGAGGAGGAGGAGGAUGAGCAGGAAGGAGAGAGCGACGAUGCAGCAGACGGUUCCACCGUGCAGAACUGUCAUCUGGAUGAGCCGGAUGAUGAGGAAGAAGAAGAGCGUCGCGCAGACACGGAUGAGCACGUGGAGAGCAGCGCGUUGGAGAAGCAUCAAGAAGACAGAGAACUUGCACUUGUCAAGAAAGUUGAAAAGAGUGACUCUGAUCACUCUGAGAGUAAAGAAAGCACUGCAAGUCAGAAACCCAAAAUCUGGUCCUUGGCUGAGACCGCCACCUCGGAGACUGUGAAGAAACCUCUGGACAAUAUUUACCACCCUGCUGGGAAGCUGUGGGCUGAGUGGGCUUCAAGAAACGCACUGUUUGUUCCCACAUGUUACACCACUCAUGAAAUCCUCUAAGUAUUUAGGUACUUAGACACAUUUAGAGACAUUUUUCCCACAUAUUUUGCACUUUAUAAACGUUUCAAACCUCAGGGAUUUUGGUCGACUAUUCCUGAAGUUUGCAGUGAAAUGAACAUUUUGUUGAGACCAAAGACUAAAAAACAUGUUAUUGUAAAUAAAAAUGUAGAUGUAUUUUUCCAUCACCAACAUGUAAAUUAUCUUUCCUAUUAUGUCUAUUCAUGAAGAAAUAUUUUUGCUUAAAUAAAAAGUU